UCAUUUGCAAAUAGCAGAUGAGACAAGUUAUUCUCAAUCCCAAAUCCAACUCCUAAAUCAAAGCAUCCAUCACAUGCAGAAGCACAAAAUCACGAUGCAUAGAGAAUCUGCAAUAGUAUUUAUAAGCAACAAUAAUAAGCUCAUGCAUUGAGUUCAGAAGUGUUCCGUUUUGUGCUCAGUUCUAGAUUUAUACACAAACAGAAAACAUGUCGGAUUGGGGGCCAGUGUUUGUUUCAAUUGUGCUGUUUGUUUUGUUGACGCCGGGAUUGUUGUUUCAGUUACCUGGACGGUCGAGAUGCGUUGAGUUUGGAAACUUUCAGACAAGUGGUGCUUCGAUACUCAUUCACUCUCUUCUCUAUUUUGGUUUCGUUUGCAUUUUUUUUCUCGCUGUUAAGAUUCACUUGUACCUAGGCUAAUUCAAUAAUCAAUUAGUAAUUUGUUAUUAUGUUAUCCUGGCUGUAUUCUGUUUUUUUGAAUGAAUGAAUGAAUACUAGUACUUUCUUUUA